AUGAUUGCCUCCCGUGUCCUCCUCCGCAGCCCCUUGGCUACCGUUGCCCGCCGUGCCGUCGCUGUCUCCUCGGUCCGCGCCACUGCCGCCCGCUCCUACUCUUCUCAGGCCGCCCCCUCCUCUUCCCAGGCCGCCCCCUCCUCUGGUGGAGCAGGCAAGUCCCUCAUCAUCGCCGCCCUUGCCGCCGGUGCCGGAGCUGCCGGUUACCACUUCUACGCCGAGUCCCAGAAGUCGACUCUCCCCGUCGUUGUCGCUGCUGCUGAGAAGCCCAAGGAGCCCCUCGACUACCAGAAGGUCUACAACGCUAUUGCUGCCAUUAUCGAGGAUGAGAACUACGACGACGGCUCGUACGGCCCCGUCUUCCUCCGUCUCGCCUGGCACGCCUCGGGCACCUACGACGUCAACACCAAGGAUGGUGGCUCCAACUUUGCCACCAUGCGCUUCAAGCCCGAGGCCGGUCACGGUGCCAACGCCGGUUUGGGAAUUGCCCGUGAGCGUUUGAACCGCGUCAAGGACCAGUUCCCCGAGAUCUCGUACGGUGAUCUCUGGACCUUGGCCGGCGUUGCCGCCAUCCAGGAGUUGGGUGGUCCCAUUGUUAACUGGAGAGCUGGACGCAUUGAUGGCGAGGAGACCCAGUCUCCUCCAGAAGGUCGUCUCCCCGACGCUGCUCGCCCUGACGGCCAGCACUCUCGUGAUAUCUUCUACAAAAUGGGCUUCAACGAUCAGGAGAUUGUCGCCCUUCUCGGCGCCCACGCUCUCGGACGCUGCCACAAGGACCGCUCUGGUUUCGACGGCCCCUGGACCGCCUCCCCCACCGUCUUCACCAACGACUUUUACACCGAGCUUUUGGGCCGCAAGUGGGUUGAGCGCAAGUGGUCUGGCCCCAAGCAGUUCGAGGACAAGGAGUCCAAGUCGUUGAUGAUGUUGCCCGCCGACAUGGCCAUGGCCAAGGACAAGGAGUUCCGCAAGUGGGUCGAGAUCUACGCCAAGGACUCUGACAAGUUCUUUGAGGAUUUCGCCAAGGCCGCCCAGAAGCUCUUUGAGCUCGGUGUCAAGUUCGACGACAACGCCAAGGUCUACCAGUUCAAGCCCACCAACGCUUAA